GUGGAGGCGUGGUUAGGGCGGGCUCUGACCGUUGCGUCAUCUUAUCAGGAAGAGACGCACCAGGUUACAGAGAGCGGAGAAGCGCGUUCCUAUGCUGAAUGAAAUAACAAGCCUCUACCAUCUGGACCUGACAGUCAGUGUCUUGUACUAUGCCUGAUGAGAUGGCGAGGCCUUUAAUCCGUGGCAGGGGUGGAGGAGGAGGCGGCUCCAGACAUCUUGAGGCCUCCGUGUCUGAACCCGGCGCCCCUGUGAUUGGCAUCUUGGGUACGGGCGAUUUCUCCCGCUCGCUUGCCAGAAGGCUGGUGGCCUCCGGCUACCAAGUGGUGGUGGGGAGUCGAGCCCCCAAACGCUCUGGGGCUCUGUUCCCUGAAGAGGCUGAGGUGACUUCCCAGAUGGAGGCAGCCAAUCAGGCAGACCUGGUCUUUGUUGCCGUGUUCCCUGAGCACCACUCCACGCUGGUGGAAUUAAAGCCGGCACUGGCUGGGAAGACACUGGUGGAUGUCAGCAAUGGUUUGCAGAUCAAACUUGAUGGGCCUUCACACGCUGAACAGCUUGCUGAUCUGUUCCCAGAAAGUUUUGUAGUCAAAGGGUUUAACACCAUAUCUGCCUGGACACUUCAAAUGGGCCCUCGGGAUGGAAGCAGGCAGGUUUUCCUGUGCAGUGACAGUCACAAGGCCAAGAGCUCAGUGAUGCAGCUGUGUCGCAGAAUGGGUUUCGUCCCCGUCGAUAUGGGCCUCCUCUCCUCUUCUCUGGAGAUUGAAAACCUCCCUCUCUAUCUAUUUCCCUCUUGGCGCAUUCCCAUCCUCUGCACUCUGCUUCUGUUUAUCUUCUUCUACCUGUACAACUUCACCCGUGACAUCCUGCAGCCCUACAUCAAAUCAGGAAAGAGUGUUUUCUACAAAAUGCCCAUUGAGACUGUCAAUGUUACUCUUCCCUCAGUGGCCUUGGUGAUGUUAGCGUUGGUCUACCUGCCCGGUUUGUUUGCUGCUUUCCUCCAGCUGUGGUGGGGCACCAAGUACAAUCGCUUCCCCAACUGGCUGGACCGGUGGCUGACUGGGAGGAAGCAGUUUGGGCUGUGUAGCUUCCUGUGUGCCGUCCUGCACGCCAUCUACAGCCUGUGUCUUCCCUUGAGGAAGUCUGCUCACUUCAAACUGCUCAAUGCUGCUUUUAAACAGGUGAAGGCGGGGACAGAGGACGCGUGGGUUAGUGAGGAUGUGUGGAGGAUGGAGCUGUACCUCUCUGUGGGCAUCAUGGCUCUCGGGCUGCUCUCUCUGCUGGCUGUUACCUCGCUGCCGUCAGUGGCCAACACUGUUAACUGGAGGGAGUUCAGCUUCAUACAGUCCACACUCGGUUACUGCGCCUUGUCUAUGGCCACCCUCCACACGAUCCUCUUUGGUUGGGAUCGUGCCUUCAAAUCAGACCGGUACCCCUUCUACAUGCCCCCCACCUUCUUACUGGUCCUGAUUCUCCCGCUCGUGGUUCUGCUGGGCCGCCUGGCUCUCUUUGUGCCCUGCAUGGCAGGGCGGCUCCGGCAGAUCCGCCGCGGCUGGGAGAGGAGCCGACACAUCCGCUUCACCCUGCCAGGCGACGACUGCCACAACGGGCUGGAGGAUGUCAGUAAUGUGUGAAAAACAGCCCGUUAGAUGUGUGUAAGAAAAUCCAGACAAAAGGUGUGAAAGUAGAGUUCUUUGUGUGUGUGCACUUGUGAAUACAAACAGCACUCAGCCAACCUCACAGAAGAUUUACAUAUUGUUGAAAUGUAUGGAAGGCUUGUUUCUAAAGCCUGCUUUCAGAGGUGUGUGUUUCAACAACUUUUCAACAAGUUAGUUGGUAGCUCCAUAGAAAUACUUGACCUGGACUGGUCAACCUUAUUGCACUAUGCAUACAAAUCAUGAGUAUUUAGAUUGUGCUUGUACCUUGUACUUUAAUUUAUUAUUCUCUCUUGACAUUCAGUUGGAAGUUUCAACCCAGAACUAAAGAAGUUCCUGGUGUAAUUUAUGCAGAGUCACUGUUACAUGUCUAAUGAACCUGCUGAAGACUUCAUCACUGAAGCAGUACAACUGAAUUUUACAUUCAUAACUGAGUCUUUGGAGUAAGAUUUCUUCACUCUGAUAAUCAGAACAGACUUGGCCUUGUUUCUUGGUUCGUGUAUUUUUGUCAUUUAAAGGUUUUAAUACCUUUUCUCUGCUACACAAAGACUGUUUUGUGCUGAUAUUUGUCAAACAGCCUUCAACCCUUCAAUCGUCUUGUUGUGUCCUCGUGCAAGAGUGAAACAGGCUUCAUAUAAUUUUUGUUAGUUGUUACGUCUUUGAAAAUUCAAUUUGCUGUUCGUACAAAUGGUUAGGGACUGUAUGAAAAUUGUUGAGGUGAGGAUGUGUGGGGGUUAAAGUCCAUGUUACACAGUUUAAAAAAACAUUACUAUACCCUAUGCACCACCAACACAGAAGCUAGAAGUGAAAUAAGCAUAUGUCAAAUUUAUGACAAAUGUGUCCCUUACACUGACCCUCUGUGUUUGAACCAAGCUGUCAGUAAGCUUUGUCUUAUCUCAAGCUUGUUUUUUUUGUUUAUAUAUAAUGUAUAAACUCAUUUUUAAGAGUCUUGGUUGCAGUUGAAUGAACUUUGCAAGUUCAGCAUCAAACUUCAUUCCUUUAUUUUCCAAAAGCUGUCUCCAGUGGUAGAAAGCAGGCCCAUCUCAUUACUUAUGAUAGUGACUGCCCUGAAGAAGCAGCGCUGCUCGAAGGUUGUAUUCUAACCUCUUACAGUGUAAACGCAACAAUGGCUUUUAAUGCACACAUCCAGAACUGAUCAUAUUAGCAGUACACUACUAACUGCAGGUCUGCUUUAAGAUGCAGAAUAAAGGAGUGAGUAUUAAAGCUAGUGAAAAACAAAGCACUCUCUGCUAGAGAUAACAUUGUCUUUUCAGUUUUUGAAAGCCCUGAUACAGAAACAUUACCGCUGCUCUUAGCCAUGAUUAUGAAUCACAGCACACAGGAACGCUCUUGUUUUUAUGUAAAUAUAUGUUCAUUCUAACAUAGGGAAGUAAUUCUUAUAUAGGGAGGGUUGAAUUAAAAUAGAAAUACAGACACAGAAAAAAGAAAAAAUCCCCUGCUCUCCUAUAAAAGUCAGCCACCCUUUCUUCUGUAAAUAUAAAAAUGCUAACUAUUUUAGCUCCAUUUUCUGAUCACAUGCUCCCCCUUAAUAAUUCUUAUACAGUCCCUUACUCAGGUUUUGUACAUUACCCAAGUGUGAAGCAGUUAGCUUCUUGAGGUGUUACAGAACUUUGUUUCCACUAUGAACAUACGAUGCUGUUUGCAGCUGUUUUAUCAUUUCAGCAGUUUGUAUGUUUUAUGUGAGAUCUUAUUUUCUUUUGUUGUGUUCAUGCCAAAGAUUUUAUGUUACCUGAUGGAUGUGUUCACUAAAUCUAAAUUAAAAUGUCAUAGUAGUGUACUGAAAUUUAAGUUAGUGUCUAUUGCCAUAAAGAUUUCAAAUGGAGAUUUCUAGAAUAUAGAAUAAAGCAUUUUUCACUAUUGUACUAACAUGA